GCAUGCAUAUCAUGGCCCACAUGCCGCGAGACGUCCCGCGCCUUGCACGUGCUGGCACCUCCAACCUCACUGCCAUGAUAGCCAGUGUCCAGCGGUGAGCUUCAUGUCAACGAUCUACAAGUCCCGGGCCUCCAGUACAUAGGCAUACUCGCUCGGCAUGCGUCCCAUCCACAAGGACAGGCAUUAGAGAUAUUGGUUUUCAAGCCCAGUAAUCCGCCCAGAGGAGAUUUGCCCCAAAGCUUAUGAAGACCUACCAUUUCUAGGGUAAGCGACGGCCAUCCCAAAUAACGCUCGCAUCGCCUCCUAAGCGAUGUGGCUAAUGCAGCAAGAAGCCUCUGGUAGGCUGCGGUACAAAAGUAUGCAAUUCCCAGGCUGAAAACCCUACACUCCAUCCACCAUGUUCGCGUCAAAGUUCCUCAGCCUCGUCUCCUUGAUGCUCCUCCCUGCGGCUCUCGCCCAGUCCGAAUACACGAACCUCCCAGCCACAGCACCCGGCGUUUUCAACGCAACCGCACGCAUAGAAAUCAAAUCCACCGUCUCGGCCGCCUGGGACGUACUCACCGACUUCCCCAACUACGCAGCCUGGAACCCGUUUGUGCGUUAUGCCGUCACAACUUCAGCCAAGGGCAACAUCACCCUACCUGAGCAGCGACCAGUCGAGGGCAACUACCUCUUCUUCCGCGUGCAGAUCCCUGCGCUUCCGUUGCCCGUGAACAAAGACACGCCCGAUAAUCUCUUGCACACGCAGUUGUCCGCUGAGCGCAUAACUCAUGUGCAGCCGGAGUUGGGAAGAUUGGCGUGGGAUUACUUGGCGGAAAUCGCUGUCACAUCAACACGGUGGCAGGCGCUUAGCGAUAUCGGCAAUGGAAUCGUCUUGUAUGAGUCGAUAGAGGUGUUCAAUGGGUUGUUGGCUGGAGUAUUGAAGGAGACACUUGGAGAGAGUCUGCAGGAAUCCUUCGAGGCACAGGCAGAGGGACUGAAGUUAUACCUUGAGGGUUAAUAAGUCUGUAGAGUUGGGAUAUUACAGCACUUGAUCACUAACUAUGCCGAAGUCCUUGUAAUACAAAAUGUCCAUAACUCCGAUAAUACGGCUGAAUUGAAAGCCGGCACGAUGCACAGUCGGCAUGGUUGAGAUGAACCCGACGGCGAAUGAGCACUUCGGCGUUGAAAGCAGCCAUUCCGACAUCCCUGUCAUCCAUCCCGCGGGCAUGCGCGC